AUGAGUCAGACAACUGUAGGACCAUAUGGACAUCAACAGGAUCCGGAGAAGAUUAUUCAAGCUACCGCUCAUAUUGAAGAUAAAGCAGCUGAGAUAAAAAAAACCAUUGAGCAGUUAAUCUUCAUGUUGGAUCUCCAAGACAAAGUCCCCUGGCCUGAAAUGUUAGAUAAGUUUUCGUCGUUAGCUAGUGCCAUGACUCAACUACAGUCAAUGCUGAAGAAGUCAGCGUUACCUUCUGGUGCUGAAGACUACGGGUUAUUGUUACGAACACAUUUGCUCGUUCCACACCUUCUUUCUAUGGACAUUGACCCAGCACUACAGGAGCAAACUGAAAAGCGUUUGCAUUUCUGGAAUCAUGAUGUUUGCCCCGAUUACCUACGAACUAAGUUAACGCCGGAAUUGGAAAACGAAGAAGCACAGUUUGAAAACGAGAGAAACGUGCGCGGUGCAGACGCGAUUCAUAAACAAAUUACUACUAUGAAUAAACAUGUCGAAACACUGCUCGCAAGCCUUGCCGACACUUCUCGUGGUCAGAAUGAUAUUCGUGCAGACGCGCCUGCUUACAAUGACCGAGAUACUCAAACACUUGUCAGAGCUGUUGUUAAUGGUGAAAGUUUACGCCCUACUCGUAUCGGACCUGUGGAAGCAACACAGUCUACAGCAGCUUCAUCUAGUUCGACUAGUACUUCAGCUAAUAGUCGGACUUCUGGUGCCUCGCCUACCAUGCAAAGACGGUGA